UACCUGAGUGCUUUGAUAAAGUCAAUCAAUGAAAUAACGGUCUCUGUGAAACUAUCACACGUCGUCUAGUGGCCCCCCCCCCACACACAUGCACCCGGCUGGCUGACCCCAUGAAGGACACUCACACCACCUCACACCACACUCGACUGAUUGCGGGAAACAGUGCCCGCCUCUCGCUGCGGCUUUCUGUACAAUUGCUCGAGAGGCGCGCAGUUGAUCCAGGCAACCAACAGCCACAGAUAGAUAACAAAGCACAUACAGCAGACACACACACAGAUCGACAGACAAGUCAAACAGACACAACAAGGGCUGCAGGCAGGUAGGCAGGCCCGCGUACACAUCACGAAUGAACGAACGAAUGAACGAACGAAUGACCCAGCCCACACCCAUACAAAGAUUUCUCACACGCUUCGGGCGUCGGCAGUGUAGAGCUGCUGCCGUUCAGACCGGAUCGCCGAGAGCUGAUUCUGCUGCUCCUGCCUGUGGCACUCGCGAAGAAGGAAGUCCCUCCCCGACAAAGUCAUCAACGUCAUGCGGGAUCUCCUGGCGGUGGUGGGUGGAGUCCCAUCUGACGAUGAUGACGAGCGUGUGCUGGCGUCGGUGGGGCAGGGUGAGGGGGAGCGGUCGUGUGGAUGCUCCUCGCCCUCCUCCUCAGGCAGCAGCCGCAGCAGCAUCGUGUGCGCGAGCCAGAUGCGGUCCAGGGCAAGCGCGUCCUUGACCCAGCGGCCGUCAAUGGCCAUCUCCUCCUGUCCGUCGUCGUUAAUGCGUCGUGUCCAGCCGACUGCUUCGAGCAGCUGACAUGCGGCCAGGUGCCGCAUGAUGGUCUCCUGGAUCUUGGGAUUGCUGGUCUGCAGACACCACACACAGACACACACCGGGUGUGCUCUACAGCUGCUGUCAGGUGUGUGUGUGGGUGUGUGUGUGUGUGUACCUUGAAGGAGCGAUACUUCUUGCUUCUUGGAUGCUUGAGCAGGUUCCCGUGAAGCCGGGCGAGAGUUGCAGCGCACUCCUGUCGCUCCUCAAGCAAAGCGAUGGUGUUGAGCGCAGUGGCAGCUCGGCUGAUCUGCACCUCCAUCGCCUCAAUCGCAUCUUCCGGCUCGGUCUGAUACACAGCAGCGACGUCCAUAUGUGGCUGCGUGUCGCCCUGGAUGAGCUCUGCAGGAUCCAUGAGGCUGAACGAGUUGUUGUGUGACAGCUGUUGGAGGCAGUGAACGAGGGCAGAGAUCUGUGGCUUGUCGUGCGAAGGGGUGCUGCGACAGGGAUCGACAGACGGAAUGCAGGGAGGGAGGAGGGGGGAGGAG